AUGCAUCACCACUCUGAGAUGGUACCUGUUGGCAUAAUCAUUGCCACGUUAUUGGGCAUGGUUACUGCAAGGCCACCCCUAAACCAUUUGGAAACACACUUUUCAUUUGAAAACGAAUCUGAAGAAGUCCGUUCAGCCGCUAUCAAGAGGCUCCUGGAAGUUUUUGGUAUGGAGGACCCACCUCUCCUCCGGGGCGACAAACAUCCACCUCAGUACAUGCUCGACCUUUACAACACUGUCGCAGAUGUGGACGGCGUUACGAAGGAUCCGUACCUUCUGGAAGGGAAUACCGUUCGCAGUUUCUUCGACAAAUUGCACAGUGAGCAGGUGGAGUUCCUAUUCAACUUGUCGUCGGUGUCCAGGAAUGAAAAGGUUUUAACAGCUGAGCUACAUUUUUUCAAAUUGCGACCCCAGUCCUCAACAAAAUUCAACCGGCAUCACUUCUGUCAGGUCAGUGUCUAUCAGCUCAUGGAUACCAGCAAAAUGAAUGUAACUCAGGGGAAAAAGCUUCUUUCGUCUAGACUGAUCCCAGUCCAUUCCACUGGCUGGGAGGUUUUUACCAUAACACAAGCUGUCCGUUCCUGGAUGGUUGACGAUGGCAAUAACCUGGUUCUGCUGGUGACGAUGAGGACCCUGGCAGGAAGCCAGAUGGACCAGAAGGUGGUACGUUUCGCGUCAGGGAGGAACCACCACCAAAGCAAGCAGCCUAUGCUGGUGCUGUUCACUGACGAUGGACGACGGGCCGCCGCAUUGGAGAACACAAUUAGAGAUCCCAACCCCGGUGCCACCCCGGUGCCACCCAGCAUCCCUGCCCUGCCCAACGUCCCGGUCCCCAACCGCAGCGUUCGUUCCCUGGACCACGAGGAGGACAGUGAUAAGAUGCCGUGCCAGCGCCUGCCCCUCUAUGUGGACUUCGAGGAGAUCGGCUGGUCCGGGUGGAUCGUGUCACCCCGCGGCUAUAAUGCCUACCACUGUAAGGGCUCCUGUCCCUUCCCCCUGGGCCAGAACAUGAGGCCCACUAACCAUGCCACCGUCCAGUCCAUCAUCAAUGCCCUGAAGCUCACUAAGGGCAUUGAGACGCCCUGCUGUGUUCCUGACAAGCUCUUCUCCAUCAACCUCCUCUACUUUGACGAUGACGAGAAUGUGGUGCUAAAGCAGUACGACGACAUGGUCGCUGGAAGCUGUGGCUGUCACUGA